UUAUCGAAGCCGUAGUAGCGGAUCAUCCGAAAAACUUUUGUCCAGUUUCAACAUCAUUUCCCAUUCGUUGAAAGAUAUUGAACAUACACUCGUGUUUACAGGACUAGGACUUAUUCUACUGCCCAAGUGAGCUUUAAUCACCAUGUUGCUGUGGAAUAGAUUGGAGAGGAGUAUUGAUAUUGAUGACGCUUUAUUUGCGAGUCAGGCGAUGGGUAUUUUUCACUUUGUAUCGAUGAUGGGAUGAGUUUUUGACAUAGUUCUUCUCUGAAGCAUUGAACCAAAAUGCCAACUGGUGAACAAGGAAUAUGUUUGAUGGACCUUUGAUUGCAAUUCAUCAAGUGAUUUUCAGCAAGUGUUAAUCCAACAGGAUAUUCAAGAUGAGUUCACACCACUCAAGAACGUUGGGGAAUGUAAAGGUUAACAAGGGAAUCAUGUUUCCCCCAUUGACUCAGGCCAUAAACCAAACAAACCGCUCGUACUUCCAAGAGCAUAACCUUAUGAUCCAUGGAGAUGGGGUCAAGGGUGCCCCACCCAUGUCACCUCGAGGUCUGGAAGAGGAACUACGUACUCGUAAAGGCUCAUCAACAAGACCAAUGACUUCAGCAAGAAUAGAACAAAUGAAUGCGCGGGCUGCAGAAGAACUAAAGGAGUUGCAGGGCAAAGAGAAACAAUAUCAUAAAAAGAUCAGCAAUCUUCAAAAGGCCGUUGAACAGCUUCGUCUGGAAGUCAACAUGAAGGAAGAAAAUCUAUUGAAAACAAACCUCAAACUACAGCAAAUCGAGGAGCAUUUUCGGUUAUUGUACGAGGAAGAGAAAUCGUCUCAUGAGGUCACACGUCAGGAAGUGACUGAAGCAAGAGAGGAACUGAGAGAGAAAGAAAACUUUGUUGAGGCUUUAAAACAGAGACAUGAACAACAUACAAAAGAACUCAAAGAACAUCUUGACGCUCAGAUCACAGAACUCAAGACCAAGUACGAUACUGACAUAGCAGAUAGGGAUAGACGUCUGGACAAUCUGAAGAAGCAAAUGGCAAGUCAUCUCAAAGAUAAUUCUUGGGAGAGGCAACAGCAACUCGAGGAGCUGAGUAAAGAACUUGGAAAGAUGUCAGAGGAAGCAAAUAUGUUGAAGAGCAAACUCAAAGCAAUGUCUGUAAAGAAUAAGGAGGGAUGUCCAAAUUGCCCAUCAUUAAAAGUGCAGUUAGCUUCAAAAGAGAAGCUUGUUCUAGAGAAAGAUGCACAGAUCAAACAGCUCAUGGAACUCUGUAAGAAGUUUGAAAGCCAGUUAUCACAACAGAGCAUCUUGAAAGAAUGUUAUGUUUUGGUACAUGGAGAGAGAAGUCCAAAUAAUGAUGUGAUCAUGAAGCAGUUUGCUAAGGAUAAAGGCUUCAAGACAUCUUUCCAGCCAAAGAAGUGAGAUUCGACAUGUUUUGUGGUAAACUGCAAUCACUUGGGCAUUAUUAUAUCAAUGCUGAAUGCAAGCCCAUUCAGCAUCAAACCGUCCACAAGGGAGAAAAAGAAGAGAGAGACACUGAGGCGGACAGUGAGCGAUUUAAAGUGUGGUGCUAGCAACACCAAUACAGACACCAGAUCAGACAAAGCACAAACUUGAAAUGGGGUGGUUUUUAGAGUGACCUUUUGGAAUAUGACAAAGAGUAAUGAUAUUAGUUUUUAGAGGACAAUUCCACCCCAACAAUAAGAAUAAUUUGAAUAAAAAGAGAAAAAUCCAACUAGCAUAACACUGAAAAUUUCAUCAAAAUUGAA